GUAUUUUUUUUUUUAUUGUUCACGGGGUUCUGAAAUUCAUCGCCACGUCUUGGUUGCGCGCAAACGAUCUCCCAAGAGUUUUGUUCGCUCCAGUCGUGCGAGAUAUUCGUGAAGAGAGAGAGAACGAGGAAUGUGAUGUGCUCUAAUCCGUGAGCGGCGCGUCUUUAUUGUCUUUGCGGAGGUUGUGAAAAAACCGUGAGGUGUAGUUUGCGGUUGAAAGUUGGAACGUCCCUAUACUAUAACAAUGUGUAAUUUUGUGAUUCUUUCAAUUAUAUACACGUGAAUAAAAUGGACCUUAUUUUAUAGUGGAUGAGGUGAGAGUGAGUCGGUGGAGUACCGUGGUUUGACAAGAUGGCGGAGUCUAGCUAUUAUCAGGGCGAUUAUAUUAGACAUCCUGUUCUUUACGAACUCUCACAUAAAUAUGGAGUGGCUGGUAGUGACCAAGUGCCCUUGCCAGCUCGUCUUGAUGAACUUCGAGAGCAUAUUCGUCGAGAAAUACGAAAGGAACUAAAAAUAAAGGCCGGUGCAGAGAAACUGCGGGAGGUGGCGACUGAUCGUAAAGCUCUCUCUGAUGUCGCUAUGAUUGUAAAGAAGGCAAAUACAAAGCUCAGUGAGCUUCAAGCAGAAUUACAGCAGCUUGAAAGUCAAAUUAUAUUGACUCAGGGACAACCGCAGUCUCCUCAACAAAAUCACUCCAACGGACAAGAUACUCCAAUGUCUCCGACUGAUCCAGCAUCACCAAGUCAAGAAGGUCUUUUUACCGACCUUCGUCUUCUCUCAUUAGAAAAGCAGCUUAAUAUUGAAACGAAGGUGAAACAAGGUGCGGAGAAUAUGAUACAAAGUUUAACUAGUGGUCAUAGAGAUAAAAAAUUAUUACAAGAGGCACAACAAAUGUUGGAUGAUUCUCGUGCUAAAAUCGAAUUUUUACGCAUGCGAAUAAUGAAGUUAAACCAAGCGCGGGAACAACAGCACGCCAGAGGCGAUGUACCACCACCAAAUGGUGAAGCAACCAGCAACAAAGAUAGGUAUGAGCCAAGUUUGGAGCUUGCCUUAGAAGAGAGGGUAGAGGAGCUUCGACAUAGAUUACGAAUUGAGGCUGCGGUCGUAGAGGGAGCAAAGAAUGUGAUUCGUCUUCUUCAAAGUGCCAAAGUUGCCGAUAAGAAGGCCUUGGCCGAGGCUCAAGCAAGUUUAUCAGAGUCAAGUCGAAAAUUGGAUUUACUGAGACUUUCGUUGGAACUGAGAAGACAAGAACUGCCAACCGAUAGUGCCACGGCGGUGCAACUUAAACGUGAAUUAGCUAGUGUGCAAUCCGCAAGUCCAAUUCCAGUUACUUACACUUCAUUGCAACCUUUUCGUGGACCAUUGGAAGGCAGAGCAACUGUUCCAGCAUCAGUUUCAAGAUGUGCCGCUGUCACUGGGCAGCUAGAGGUAAGACUAAUGGGAUGUCAGGAUUUAGCAGAAGAAGUUCCUGGACGAACAAGAAGAGAACAUCCAGCCAGCCCUGAUUUACGCAGCUUUGUUAAAGGUGUUACUGGUCGAAGUUCGAGUAAAUCUUACAGCGUAAAAGACGAGACAAGUAACGAUAUUAUGGCAGUUAUUAAAUUAGAUAAUCAAACGGUAGCACAAACUAGUUGGCGACCUUGUUCUCAGCAGGCAUGGGAUCAAAGGUUUUCCAUAGAACUAGACAAAUCUAGAGAAUUGGAAAUCGGUAUUUAUUGGAAAGAUUGGAGAUCUCUUUGUGCAGUAAAAUUCUUACGUUUAGAAGAAUUUAUUGAUGACGUUCGACAUGGAAUGGCAUUACAAUUAGAACCCCAAGGUUUAUUAUUUGCUGAAAUUAAAUUUUUAAAUCCCAUGAUAUCGAGGAAGCCAAAAUUACAACGACAGAGGAAAAUUUUUAAACAGCAAGUGAAAAAUUUCCCACGUGCUAAUCAAAUGAAUAUUAAUGUUGCCACAUGGGGAAGACUAUUAAAACGUUCAGCACCUUCACUUCACAGUACAAGGAGUUCCGAAAGUCCGCCUUCAAGUGUACAAUGCCCUCAACCGACGCAAAUUGCCUUCGAUUCUUCAGCAGAAGAUAAAAUAGAAACACCAGGAGAAUUACCAGAUCCUGAUAAGGGUGGUUUAGGUGGUGCACGACCCUUGGGAAUGAAUGUACCAAAUGAAAUUCCAGUGCUGCCAAGUCCACCUGAACAUCCACCACCUCCUCCACCAUCUUUAAUAAAGAAACCUUCGAUGCCAGCACCUCCUCCACCACCUAAACUCGAUCAAGAGUUGCAGAGUGCGUUAAGGGAGUUUGAUUUCCUGCACAUCGAAGAGAAGGGCGGGCAUCAGGGGGCAAGCUUGAGGCCCCUUGUAACCGAGCCCCGACCUGUGCUGAUUGCACCACCCUCUCCACGCACCCCCUCGCCCCAACCUGUCGUCGAGUUUCCCGAAGACGAGGUAAUUUAUGAGAUGCCAGUAAGAACUGUACAAUAUAGAGACAGUGCCUAUGAAUCAAGAAGACAAUCACAAUUAACUGGUAUGACAUUAGAAAACUUUAGAUUACUUUCUGUACUUGGACGUGGACAUUUUGGCAAAGUUAUUCUUUCGCAAUAUAAAAAUACUGGGGAGUAUUUUGCAAUUAAAGCAUUAAAAAAAGGGGAUAUUAUUGCAAGAGAUGAAGUUGAGUCUCUUCUUUCGGAAAAGAGAAUAUUUGAAGUGGCCAACACAACAAGACAUCCGUUCCUUGUGAAUUUAUUUGCGUGUUUCCAAACUGAGGCACACGUUUGUUUUGUGAUGGAAUACGCAGCUGGUGGAGAUCUUAUGAUGCACAUACAUGCAGACGUAUUUGGAGAGCCACGCGCAGUUUUUUAUUCUGCAUGUGUUGUAUUAGGCUUGCAAUAUUUACACGAAAGUCGAAUUAUUUAUAGAGACUUAAAAUUGGAUAAUUUACUCUUGGACACAGAGGGUUAUGUUAAAAUUGCGGACUUUGGAUUAUGCAAAGAGGGAAUGGGUUUUGGAGAUCGAACAGGAACUUUUUGCGGUACUCCUGAGUUUUUAGCACCUGAAGUUUUAACCGAAACUUCAUAUACACGCGCUGUUGAUUGGUGGGGUCUCGGUGUUUUAAUAUUUGAAAUGCUUGCCGGAGAGUCUCCCUUUCCUGGUGACGAUGAGGAAGAAGUUUUUGAUUCCAUUGUAAAUGACGAAGUUCGAUAUCCUCGAUUCCUGUCACUUGAAGCAAUUGCCAUAAUGAGAAGACUACUUAGAAAGAAUCCAGAUCGAAGAUUAGGAAGUAGUGAGAGAGAUGCAGAGGAUGUUAAAAAACAAGCGUUCUUCAGACACAUAGCUUGGGAUGAUUUGCUUUUAAGACGUGUUAAACCGCCUUUUGUUCCAGUUAUUCAUUCUGUUGAGGAUGUAAGUAAUUUCGAUGAGGAAUUCACAUCAGAAAAACCUCAUCUAACACCACCGAAGGAUCCAAGACCACUCAGUGACAUGGAACAAGGAUUAUUCAGGGACUUUACAUAUAUGGCUGAUUGGUGCUAACCCCAUAUUUUUUAUUUCAGCUUAAAAUUGAGCAUUGAUCUAUAUUUUAUUUUUUUUUUUUGCACUGGACAGAGCUUUUUUUUUAUUUUUUUAAUUCAUUUUGUUUGGUUCUCCCACGCACUAUGAUCUGAACUUAAUCCUUUCUGCAUCUCCGUCUAAUAUGAUUAUUUGUAUAGUUUUUAUAUUUUUAUUGUAUACUAUAAUUAGUAAUUGCAAACAGGUCUCGCAAUUUUAAGCUGCAAUUAUAUAUUUUUUUUUUUUUGCUGUAAGUAGACGAUUUUUAUGGUACUAAUUAUUUUUUUUAAAUCGCUAAUGAAAUGAAAAAACAGAGUAGGACCAAAAUCAUCAAAUUGUAAUUUAUGAGAAUCAUUUACGAAGCAUAUCGUAAAGUUUAUUAUAGCUAUUUUUAUCUACGUGAGAAAUUAAAGGAAAAAAAAAACUACUUCUGCAGUUGCAGCUAUAAUGCGUAAUAUGAGAGAGUUGUUUUAAGCUCUUUUUUAAAAAAGCGUUAAUGAUAUUAUUUCAGCAGAAUGUACUCGCGCGCGCGCCCCUUUAUCAAAACUAAUUUUUAAAACAAAAAAAAAAAAUCAGAAAUAUUUGCUCAUAAUCAUGUGAUAAUAAUCAAUUCAGAAAUGGAGCUAUAACAAUGUUUUUUAAAUGCGUUAAUAGUUAACGAGAGACACUAUUAUUUCAUGACUCCCAUAUUGUUUCGUUCUGUUUAUUCAAUUUUUAAUUCAUGUAUAUUUAAAAUAUUUUUCACCGCUAUUUGGCUUAUUUUGCAUUUUAAUUGUUAUACACGAAUUUUAUUCGAUAAAAAAAAAGAAGCGGAGAUAAUCGUGCCGUACUUAAAUACCAUUUUUUUUUUUAAUAUUAAAAAUUUAUUAAUAAGGAACAAGUAUUUCCUUCUAUAAAAAUGAAAAUUGUAUCAAAAAUUCUAAUAACUCCAUUCCAUGUAUUCCGAAAUUUUUAUUCGGAGAAGGAUUCCUGUUUUAAGCAUUGGAAUUUUUCAAAUUAUUGUAAAUAAUUCUCUCGCUUUUCAAAGUAAAACCAAUGGUCUUGAAUGAAUUUGGAAAAAGAAAAAAAAAAUGAAAAAGUUAAUUUUGAUACUUUUUACACUGGUUAUUUGAAAUUGCGAUUGACAAGCUAAGCAAUUUGUGAUAGUGUUGAGGAGGUCUGGAAAUCCAGUUGCCUUACUUUAAUACUCUAAUACUCUUUGGUACUCGGUUUACAAUAAACAAAAAAUUUCCUUUACAGAUUUUAAUGUUUGUAGGAAAGAUAAAACGUGCCUGAUUAAUUUUUUUUUUGUAAAUGGUUGUUUUUUUUAUCGAACAAGCAUAGAUUUUAAUAUCUUGAAGCUAGACAAAAUAUGUAUUUUUAUUUAAUGAAAAAAAAAACGACCAUUAAAAAAAAAAGAGAAA